AUGGAGAUGGUCGUCCUGGGUUCUAUUGUUACAGGAUCCGUCACUGCCACCUCCGACCUUCUUGCAAGCAAGCGAAAUCACUUUUCCUCUGCUAUUAUCAAUCCUCAUCUCGUCUUGAAUGCCCAAGUUAGCCAUCCGGUGGAUCAAGCCCUAAAUCCAGUCAAGAAUUAUGAGUUCAAAACCUAUGACAUGUUCCCUCAGAGAUUCAAAGGAUCUGAAAUGCUUCUGGCAAAUUCCGCAAACAGGUUCGUGAUUCGAAUGAUUGGUUUUUAUCUUAUAUCAUCCUUUCUGCUGCAAAAGCAAUGGAAUAAGGCGAUAAGGCAUAUUAUCAACCAGCUGAUGGCAGAAACAAAGGGAAACCUAGUCUUGCUAUAG